AUGGCGAAGAGAUCGCCAUUGGCUGUCCUGCCGUUGGCGACUGUCCUGCGGACUCUGGUCACAAGCACGAUAUCGUCGUCCCGCCUGCUCCUGCCGCCCUCGCUCGCAGUCAUGACAUUGCUUGCGCACUCCAAUAACGCCAUCCUCAACCCUGAGCGGAAUCGGCUGCUCAACUGGUUCCUCAAGAAGACCUUCUACGCGCAGUACUGUGCCGGCGAGAAUGCCGCCGAGGUCAAGGCAACCCUCGCGGGGCUUAACAAGAUCGGCUUCACGGGCGUCAUCCUGAACUACGCUCGUGAGGUCGUCCUGACUGAGUCUCAGAGCAAGAACCUCACUCCCUGCGACACGGGUGCGGAAGCAGAAGAGUGUAUCCGCAACGAGAUCAACCCCUGGCUCAAGGCUACCCUCGCAACCGUCCAGAUCGCGCAGCCACACGACUUUGUUGCCUUGAAAUUCACCGGGGCGGGCCGCCAGGCCCUCUAUGCGCUGCGGAAUCGCCUUCCCCCGCCCAAGGCCCUUGCCUCGGCGAUCGACGAGAUCUGCGAGCUCGCCGCCGCCCGGAAUGUACCGCUGCUCUUCGACGCCGAGCAAACGGCCUUGCAGGGCGGCAUCGAUGACUGGACCAUCGACUACGCCCGCAAGUACAACAGCCUCGUCCCCAACCACGCGCUCAUCUACGGCACGUAUCAGUCCUACCUCAAGCACUGCCCCUCUCUGCUGAGCGAGCACCUCGCCAUCGCCGCCAAGGAGAAGUUCACUCUUGGCGUCAAGCUCGUCCGCGGCGCGUACCUGGGUGCCGACCCGAGACACCUGAUCCACGACACGAAGGAGGACACGGACCGGUGCUGCGACGGCAUCUCCGAGGCCUUGAUCACGCGCAAGUGGAACGACGUCCUGCAGCCGCCCGCCGCGAAGAAGGGGCAGGACGCGCGGGGUGCAGAGUUCCCGCCCGUGAGCGUGGUGCUCGGCACUCACAACCUCGAGACGGUGCAGAAGGCCCAGGCGCUGCACGCGAGCCCGGACGCCGCGGGCGUGGAGCUCGCCAUCGCGCAGCUCAUGGGCAUGGCGGAUGAAGUCAGCUGCGCGCUCAUCGCGGGCAACAAGGAGGAGCAGGCUGCUGCUGCUGCCGCUGCCAAUGCCAAGCCCGUCGUCGAGAAGACCACCGCUUCCACUGCCACCACCACCCGUGUCGGCAUCGAUGCUUCUGUAGGCGGCGGGCAGGACACCAAGGCCAAGGCGUACAAGUACAUUGUCUGGGGCACGACCAAGGAGUGCAUGACGUACCUCUUGCGGCGGGCGCACGAGAACAAGGACGCCGUGUCGCGCACCAAGGCUGGGCGGGACGCGAUGUGGGAGGAGACAAAGCGGCGCUUCUGGGGCGUGUUUGGAUCGUCUGCGUGA